AUGCCCCCAAGACCAAAAUUACCUGAGAAUGAACUGAAGGAGAAGUUCAUCAAAGGAGGUUCAGGUCAUGGAGGUCAAAAGAUUAAUAAAACAAACUCUAAAGUCCAAUUAACACAUGUUCCUACUGGGAUUGUAAUCAGUUGCCAAGCUACAAGAUCCAGAGACCAAAAUAGAAAAAUUGCAAGGCAAAUAUUAGCAUUAAAGGUAGAUCAAUUAAAGAAUGGAGACAAAAGCUGGAAAGCUUUGAAAGGAGCCAGAGAAAAAAUCAGAAAGCAACGUGCGAAACGAAAGUCGAAAGCCAAAUAUAGGAAGCUCAGAGAAGAGAAGGAAGCGGAGAUGGUCAAGCAGAAGCCUGACAGCUCUACUGCUAGUCAGGCUGACGAAAAGCAUGAAACUUUUAAAAACGAUUGUCCUUUAUUGUCGUCAGUAAAAGAAUAA